AUGCACCAGAUUUACAGCUGCAGCGACGAAAAUUUAGAAGUUUUCACCACUGUGAUUUCAUCCAAAUCAUGUAGUCCUGCCCGAAGACGAGCCAAAAGUACGCAGCACAUCCUAACAAAGAGUGUGGUAGCCAUAGCCGACCAUCGGCCCCACAGCACAGAGAAGCUGCAGCCCCACCAAGGUGACUUCCUCCAGGUGCUGUACAGUGAAGACGAGGUGCGGGGCUUGGGCUGCCUGCAGAGCGGGCAGCGGGGACCCUGCCCCACCAAGGGCACUGCCCAGCAUGCUUCUUGUCUGGUGGCAAACACUACAGAGGAUGCACUUAGUAGUGGUAUCACUUGUAGCCCAUCCCCUCGUGUGAGUGUUCGCUCUGACAGCAAGGGAACAGGGGGCACCAAGUGGAGUGGGGGCAGCUGCAGCAUCCAAGCCCACUGCCCUGCACAGCCCCUGCUCAUCCCAGACUUGCCAGUCCCAGGGACGGGCGACCCUUUGCAAUCAGGCAGCCCUUGGUUUUCAGUGGCCAGUCACCAUAAUCAGGGAAGAAGGGUCACGGGGAUGAAUGCUUUACGCGUCUAUGCUUUAUUUGCUAGCCACAGGCAGCGCUGGAGGAAGACGGCGGAGUACGACCUGACCCUGCCACCAGGAGCAGAAGCUUCCCUACCGUUGACGGGAGGCAACCUGUGCGGGACACCCAGCCUCCUGAGGAAGAUGUGGAUGAAGCACAAGAAGAAGUCAGAGUACCUGGGGGCAACAAACAGUGCCUUUGAGGCAGACUGA